AUAAAAUAAUAAGUGCGUUAAUAUCAAUUGUCCACACUUUUAAUAUGUUAAUGUUUAAGAUUACACCAACAUAAACAAUAAUAUUGGUAUUAAAAAAUAUAAACAUUUAUUUUUAGUAUGUAGUUAAACAUUACUUUUAAACUUAAUUAAACGUGAUGGGUGUUUGUUGUUGCAAGAAAAAGAAUGAAGAUCAAGAAAGUUAUACACAAGAGACAACCCCAAUACAAAAUGUGAAUGUUCGAACCACAGUGUUUUUUCCACCAAGCCCUGCAUACAUUAAAGUACCAGAAGCUGUUUAUGUAGAUAGACUUGUGUUAGACACACUAGGAGUUAUUGCAACAUUGGUUGACAAUGAACAAGAACCUCCUAGUUCAAUGGUAAUAUUGCAUAACAUUGCUGACAAUGAAGAAGGCUGGAUUCAAGUUGUAAAUUCAAUGAUAAAUGUAAUUCCUCUGUCAGAUCCUCUUGGUCCAUCAGUUAUUACGUUGUUACUAGAUGAUUGCCCUCUUCCGUCCAAGGAAUCAGUUUAUUUGGUAGUAAAUAAGCUUAAUUUGUCAAAAGAAACUGCAAUAUUAGGAAGACAAUGUCCCACAAAACAGAGAAAUAUAUGUGUAGUUUUGGGAUGUAUAGCAGAAAAAUUAGCUGGACCUAGAAAUCUAGAUAUUUUAAAUGAAGCUACAAUUGAAUAUUUACUGACGAAUUUGGAUCCUGAAACUGACCCAAAUGUUAUAUUAUUUUCGUUAAUAGCUCUUGAGAAAUUUGCACAGACCAGCCUUAACAAAAAUACGAUUCUAAAGAAACUUGAAACUGUCAAACCAUGUCCCAUUGCUGGUUUGGAGCCAUGGAAAGAAGAAAAACAUCAUGUAAAACGCCAAGCAGGAUUUUGUUCACAAUGGAUAUUGGAUAACUUGUUUGUUGUGGAUAACAGAAAUUACUCAUAUUUACAAGUGAGUAUGGACAAAAUAAAUGCCAUGUUAAAUACAUGUGAUGUAAGUGAGUAUUUGAAAAUAUCUCCAGAUGGUCUUGAAGCUAGAUGUGAUGCCUACUCUUUUGAAAGUGUCAGGUGCACUGCUCAAGCUGAUACAGGGGUUUGGUAUUAUGAAGUACACAUUAUUACUCCUGGUGUUAUGCAAAUAGGAUGGGCUACAAAAAAUAGUAAUUUUCUUAAUCAUGAAGGAUAUGGAAUUGGUGAUGACAAAUAUUCCUUAGCUUAUGACGGUUGCAGAAAAUUGAUUUGGCAUAAUGCUAAAUCAGAACCACAAGAUUUACCAAGAUGGGAAUCGGGUGAUGUUUUGGGUUGUUUAAUUGAUUUGGAUAAUCAUCAAAUUGUAUUCUCUGUAAAUGGAUUGAGUUUACCACCAAAUAUAGAUGUGUUCAAUCAUGCCAGCUCGGGGUUUUUCGCCGCGGCUAGUUUCAUGUCAUUUCAACAAUGUAGAUUUAAUUUUGGUGCUGAGCCCUUCAAGCAUGCGCCUAAAAGAGUUUACUCCACGUUUAACGAAUGUGGAACGCUUAAACGAGAAGAUAAAAUUGUACUUCCUAGGCAUAUUCUGUUAAAUCAGCUUAGACAACAAAAUAUCGGCGAAGAUAGUUGUACUCUUUGUUAUGAUCAAAAGGCUUCUAUACGACUGAUACCUUGUGAACAUUCUGGUUUCUGCGAAUCUUGCGCCAAUCAACUGACCGAAUGUCCCAUGUGUAGAGCACCGUUUCGAUUUGUCGAAAAAUGUCUGGAGCCAUCAUCUUGACAUAUAAUACCAACUUAAAACAUUCUAAUCAUUUUUAUUUAUAAGAAUAAUCUACUUCUUAAUUUUAAACGGGUAUUUCAAUUUUUAAUGUUAAAGGUACAAUAAAAUUAUAAUAAGCUUAUAUCAUUCCGAGUAACAAUUCUAACAAUAUAUUAGAUACCUCUUUUUGGAGCAUCCUUAUGCUUAACGUAUUACAAAGCUCUUUUUUGCAUUUGUUUUUAAUUGAAUUU